AUAAAAAAUUCCAAGUUACGAAAGAAGGCAUUAGUCUGAAUAAAUGGAUGAAAUACAGUAAAGAAAAAUUUAAGAUAUUUAGUUCACAUUAAAUUAUGGAUAAUCACAAGUGCGUAUCUGAUCUAGUUGAGCAAACGGUUAUCACGGAUGCUUAUAAGAUAUCCAAUAUCUUCAGACAUCUAAAUGAAGACAGCGUUGCUAGAGGAAAGAUCAAUAAAGAGAAAGUGAAACUAAGAUCGGUUCAUUACUCGUAUCGAAAGUUUUGGAUGCUCCGUAUAUCGAUAAUAUUCUUCAAGUUCAUCGGUCUCGCUACGUUCGCUCACCGUAUCGUCACGCAGAGGAAGAGAAGGUUGUGCACAUUUCAAUACUCCGAGAUUGGAAUGGUCUACAACUCGUUGCUCAUCAGUUUGAUAAUCGCUUCGAACUUUCUGUCGAUACCGUACACGAUGAAUAUGGAAUACGAAAACAGAUCAAAUCUGACCGUGGGCAUCGAAAUUCUACAAAACAUACUCGGUAGCGUAGUGAUAUGCGCGAUUUUGCUCAACUACUGCAUCGAUCAGAAGUCUUUGGUGCGGAUCGCGAACCGAUUAAUGGAUAUCGAGCACGAGAUUGACUGUUUGUACCGUUUGUACUCCCCGUUGCGACGACAGCGUGUCUUCUUCACUCUGUUUAUCGUAUGUUUUCUGAAGAGUUUUCUACUGAUCGCUCUUCUCAUCACCGAGUUCUUGGCCUUUCACUCGAGUCCAGUCUCCUGGCUGACGGAUAUACUGCCAACGUUUCACGUGGGCUGGCUGAUGGUGCAGUACUUCCUGCUGGUCACGGUCAUCCAGGCAGAUUUCGCGGAUGUGAAUCGAGCGAUACAAAGUCUUUCCGGCACGCCGGAUCUUUAUUCGCAAUCAGUUUAUCGAACGCGUCGCGUCGUCGUCAGCAAUUCUACCGUUUAUCAGCUACUGAAGCUGCGAGAUGCGCACUCUCAUUUAUGCGAGAUCUCCGAGAACAUUUCAGAAUUCUUCUCAAUGCCAAUACUGUUCGGCAUUACUUUCUUCUUUCUAACGCUCAUAUAUAACGGUUACUAUCUUCUCUCACCGCUAUUGAUGUCUGACGAAGUUUUAGAGUACAAAAUUUUUAGUAACACCGUCUUCUGGUUAAUAUUUCUUAUUUAUCCCGUUUGUCUUCUUACCAAUAGAAUCACCAAGAUCUCGAACGAGAUUGGGAAAACAGGAAAUGUAGUGCAUGACCUUUUAAGUUGCGCGGUCGGCAAGAAAGCAGAGGCGGAGCUCAAGCAAUUUUCGCUUCAACUGCUACAUCGCAACAUACGAUUCACAGUUAACGGAUACUUCUCGCUCGAUAAUAGUUUUCUUCAUUCGGUGAGAAUAUUUCGGAACAACAUUAGGAGCAACGCUUCCUCUUCUAAUGCAAAUUUCAUUAUUUUCUUUAUUUUUUAUCCUUCUGAUUAUCAGCUGAUCGGUACAGUGGCAACGUAUCUGGUGAUACUUGUGCAAUUUCAAAUGGGAAGCAAGGGUUCGUUUUCAAAGCCGCACUGUAACUGUACGCGUGAAGAUUUGUCGAACAAGGAAUAACAACAAGAUGAAGAUGAAAUUAUAAUUUUAAAUAAUAAUAUCAACUGCAACUUUGUAAUUUUCUAAUAUUUCUAUAACACACAAUGUACAUACAAUUAGUUUUGAUU